AUGGCUGGUGUCAUGUGGAAGGUGAUUGUUUUGUUGGUCCUCUUGAUGGUCAUCCCUGGUGAUGGUCUGUUUCGCUCCUUGUACCGCAGUGCCCAGGUUUCUGCGCCUCCUACGGGAAAUGCAGGAAGGCCCUUAUAUCUUACUCCUUAUAUUGAAUCUGAGAUGAUCCAGGAAGGGAAAAGAUCGAGUUUGGUCAUUCCUUUUCAAGGAAUUAAAGUGAAGAGUUUCUCCGGCUACAUCACCGUGAAUAAGACUUACAACAGCAACCUCUUCUUCUGGUUUUUUCCAGCUCAGAUACAGCCAGAUGAUGCUCCAGUUGUGCUUUGGCUUCAGGGAGGCCCAGGAGGUUCAUCCAUGUUUGGACUCUUUGUGGAGCAUGGACCUUAUCUUGUCACCAGGAACAUGACCGUUUGUGCCAGACACUUCUCUUGGACCACCACAUUUUCCAUGCUUUAUAUUGAUAACCCAGUGGGCACAGGUUUCAGUUUUACUGAUAAUAUCCAUGGAUAUGCUGUCAGUGAGGAUGAUGUGGCACGAGACUUGUACAGUGCACUAACUCAGUUUUUCCAGUUGUUUCCUGAGUACAGAAACAAUGAUUUCUAUGCCACUGGAGAGUCCUAUGCAGGGAAAUACGUGCCAGCCAUUGCACACUAUAUUCACACCAGAAACUCUGAGAAGAAACUCAAGAUCAACCUGAAAGGAAUUGCUCUUGGCGAUGCAUAUUCUGAUCCUGAGUCGAUUAUAGGGGGCUAUGCAGAGUUCCUGUACCAAAUUGGCUUGCUGGAUGAAAAGCAGAAACAGUACUUCCAGCAGCAGUGCGAUGAGUGCAUAAAAUACAUCAAGAAGAAGAAGUGGCAAAAGGCCUUUGAAAUACUGGAUAAACUCCUAGAUGGAGACUUGACAAGCGACCCAUCUUUCUUUCAGAAUGCUACAGGAUGUGCUACUUACUAUAACCUUUUACAGUGCACGGAACCUGAGGACCAUGAGUACUUUGGGAAAUUUCUGUCUCUCCCACAAGUGAGAAGAGCCAUCCACGUGGGAAACAAGACCUUCAGUGAUGGCGCUACAGUGGAAAACUACCUGAGGGAAGAUACCAUGAAAUCAGUUAAACCUUGGCUCACUGAAAUCAUGAAUAACUAUAAGGUUCUGAUAUACAAUGGACAACUGGACAUCAUAGUAGGGGCCUCCCUCACAGAACGCUCCCUGAUGGCCAUGAACUGGAAAGGAUCCAAGAAAUACAAUAAUGUAGAAAGAAAAGUUUGGAAGAUCUUUCAAUCGGAUAAUGAAGUGGCUGGAUACGUUCGUGAAGUGGAUGACUUUUAUCAGGUGAUAGUUCGAGGUGGAGGACAUAUUUUGCCCUAUGACCAGCCUCUCAGAUCGUUCGACAUGAUCAAUCGAUUCAUCUAUGAAAGAGGAUGGGAACCUUAUAAUUGA